AUGGCGAGUUGGCGAGCGGCCCUUCAUAGAUGCGCAGAGCAGCCUGUGCACGACAGCACUGAAGCGCAGAAUGAAGAGUAUGAACAUGGCCCACAGCGGGAAAUUCAGAGUGGUAUCCCACGCUUCUUCGUAAAGAAGAAAGUUCCAAGUUCGGAACUAGCUCAGAAGUUUGGAGAAGCCGCCUACGCCGAGUUCAUUUCCUUCCAAAGAAACAGUCUGCUUUCCAACGAGGAGUUGGAUAUUUUGUGGGACGCUCUGUUGGAGAGAGCAACGGGAGAAACCGACGAAGAACGGCAGAUAAGCUAUGCUGAUUUCGAUCAAAUCAAUUCCACAUUGCCAGCAAAGUUUCGAUCCUUCUUCAAGCCUUCAUGCUAUAUGCGAUUUGUUGAAGAAGACGAUGGAACAAUAUCGGUACUUCAGUUUUUCAAUUAUGUGUUGCGUAAAGUUUCCUUGCUCCAAGCUCGCCUUGAUUUGAGUGUCUACGACGAUGACCGCGAUGGUUACCUUACCGAAGAGGAUCUUCAACGUUACGUUGCAGAUUUGAUACCGUCUCUUAACCUGCAUACUCUUAGCAAGUCAUUUCACAAGUUCUAUUUAUGCACUGCGUCCCGAAAGUUUGGGUUCUUCUUGGAUCCCAUGCGACGCGGCAAGAUAGGCAUUCAAAACAUUCUGUUGUCGCCAAUUCUCACUGAACUAUUCGAAUUGCGGGAGCCUGAAUUACCCAAAGACUAUGAACGGUCAAACUGGUUCUCCGCGUACUCGAGCUUACGGGUUUACGGGCAGUUUUUGAAUCUGGACACGGACCGCAAUGGCAUGCUCAGCAGGUCUGAGCUUGGGAAAUACAACAGUGGUUCGCUGACAGAUCUUUUUCUGGACCGAGUCUUCCAAGAAUGUCAGACAUAUGGGGGCGAAAUGGACUAUCGAACAUUUUUGGAUUUUGUGCUGGCCGUGGAAAACAUACAAACACCUGAAGCGAUUAGCUACUGCUUCCGGAUGUUGGACAUCAAAGGAGAAGGAUAUUUGGAUGAGCAUACGAUUAUGUAUUUCUUCAAGGCUGUAGCAGAUAAGAUGAUGUCAAUGGGACACGAGACAGUUGGGAUCCGCGACGUAAAGAACGAAGUAUUUGAUAUGGCGAAUCCCCAAAUGUCGGAUCGGAUUACGUUGACGGACUUGAUCAAAUGUGGAGUAGGAGGCACAAUCAUAAAGAUGCUAUGCGACGUUCAAGGUUUCUGGUCCUACGAGACGAGGGAGGUCCCCGACCCAUCCAAGACGACGGCCUAA